CACGCCUUUUAAAUUAAUCUGUCUUAGCUACUUCCGGGUGUAAACACCGAAGCUCUUCAUCGGGCUAGCCGAUAUGGCGACUUUCAUAUUCAUAACACUAUACGCUUUUAUAAACUGCUUUAUUUUUUUGCCAGUCGCACACAGCAACAGUGUUGAGACAAAAGCCAGUCAGUUCUUCGGCAGCGGUCACACAAACAACUGGGCAGUGCUGGUUUGCACUUCGAGGUUCUGGUUUAACUAUCGGCACGUUGCCAACGUGCUGUCGGUGUACAGGAGCGUGAAGAGACUGGGCAUCCCAGACAGUCACAUCGUUCUGAUGUUAGCCGACGACAUGGCCUGCAACCACAGGAACCCCAAACCUGCUACAGUGUUCAGCCACAAGAACAUGGAGCUGAACGUCUACGGAGACGACGUGGAGGUGGAUUACCGUGGAUACGAGGUAACCGUGGAAAAUUUCCUGCGAGUUCUGACUGGACGACUCCCAGCUAGCACGCCGCGCUCCAAACGCUUACUGAGCGAUGACCGCAGCAACAUCCUCAUCUACCUCACAGGUCACGGUGGGAACGGCUUCCUAAAGUUCCAGGACUCGGAGGAGAUCAGCAACGUGGAGCUGGCUGAUGCAUUCGAGCAGAUGUGGCAGAAGCGAAGGUAUAAUGAGCUGCUGUUUAUAAUCGACACGUGCCAGGGGGCGUCCAUGUACGAGAGGUUCUACUCACCCAAUAUCAUGGCUCUGGCCAGCAGCCAAGUGGGAGAGGACUCACUUUCACACCAGCCAGAUCUCGCCAUUGGCGUUCAUCUGAUGGACAGAUACACCUUCUACCUGCUUGAGUUCCUGGAAGACAUCCAUCCGGCCAGUCAGACCAACAUGAAUGAUCUGUUUAAAGUGUGUCCACCGAGCCAGUGUGUGUCCACUCCGGGUCACCGCACCGACCUGUUCCUGCGAGACCCCAGCAGCGUCCUGAUCACCGACUUCUUCGGAAGCGUACGCAAGGUGGAGCUGACUCGGGAGGUGGUGAACCUGACCACACCCACAGAGGAGACGUCCACAAUCACGUCCGUUGCUGGCCUACAUGAGAAGAGCGAGACGCUGUUUUAUGUAGACCAGUUACCAGUGGCGGAAAUCAUCCAUCGGAAACCCAAACAGAAGGACUGGCAUCCUCCAGACGGCUUCAUCCUCAGCCUGUGGACACUCAUCCUGCUGGUCUUCUUCAAAUCCUACGGCAUCAAGCAUCUCAAACACAUCUUCUGAACCGCGCUGGUGUUUCUCCCUCAUGUGUACUCGCCGCGUCGGCUGGAGCUUUUCCACUGAGCCCGUGCUUUGAAAAGAUUUUUCUUUUCUUUUUUUUUUCUUUUUUUUUAUUUAUUAUUGAAAUAAAGCAUCGUGAGAGCCGGGACACACUUUUAAAAGGCGACACGUUCUGACUACCGAAUCUUGACGAUCCUUUGUUGUGCUGUUAGGGAAGGUAAAUCUGAUUACAUUUCAGCACAAGGGAGUUUUCUUUUGGUGGGAGGAGGAGGAGGGGGAAUUUCACCACAAUUUCCCCCCCUUUCCUUAGUUUCGUUUUUGUUUCGCUCGGAUGCAGUCGACCAAGGACAAUCUGGCUUUGAACCUCAGCUCAGCGCGCUUUAAAUGCCACAGACGUCGUAUUCGGAAACUCUCUGAAACCUGAAACAUUCUAUUAGAAUUUUUGCACAAAUAAUUCACAAUUAACGGACUCGAAGAGGUACCGGUUUAGUGCCGGACAAACUGCAUGUAGGAAUAAUUUAGUAUAGUUUAGCAUCCCAGCAUGAAACGCAUACUCGGGUCCUUUAUGACGUAGUAGGAGGUCUUAAAUAUUCAGAGCUUUUAGUCUAACAAUUUACGCUAACGAUUAAUUUUUGGGUUUCCUUUCAUUUAAUCAAUAACUCCUUUCUGUCACCGUUAGAAGUUGAAUAACACACUGCUUACGUAUGAAAUUUCCAUUCUGAUUGGUCGUGAGAUGUUUAACACCCUGUUUGUCUCCGGUUUCUAUAGAAACAACCGGCGGUACGACGCCCACUUAUUUAAGGCUUCCGACAUAGAAAUAGGAAAGAUAACCGUUUCAGCAAGGAGCUUUAGGGAAGGAGUCUCCAGUGUCAGGUUUUUCUUGUUCCAGAGACGCUGGUGAGUUUCCACAGCAUUAAAGGCAACCGAACGGAUUAAAGAUGUCGUUUAAUCGAGGUUUAAUCAGCAAACCUCACGUCGUGUAGGAGGCCGUAUCUGUACCUCAAGCUGUUUUCAGUCAAUAAGAGCACUUUUUUUUUCUGCUCUUUUCAUUAUUUUCAUAACGUCUGGGAUUAAAUUAACUCUUGCUGUGGAAUCUUUGCACAUGUGCAAAUGAAAGAGUUUGGUGGUUUUUUUCCCUCUCUUUCUCUCAUUCCUCUCGUCUGCACGUCGCUCUAAUGCACCGGAUCACGCAGAUAUCUUGCACUGCUAAAAAAUUUCUAUUAUGAAACGGAGGCUUUUUGUUAAACAAGGUUUUUCUAUUUAUUAGUAAAGAUGAAGAAGAAAUGCUGAGUGCUGUUUUUUUCUUCUUCUUUCUUUUCUUGUUCUCAAAGCUUUCAAUUUCACAUAAAUGAUUAUAUCAAGCAAGUAAUGUAAUUGGCUUUUGAAUUGAAAGUUGUAGGCUUUAGUCCAUUCGGGGUUAGUGGAGGUUACUGGACCUUAGUGGAUCUUACUGGAUACCCUUCUGUGGUACUGUGCUGAGGAAACCUGAAAUGAUUGAGAAUGUCUCAUGCUAUAUAACGAUACUCUGAAAUUUUGACCAUUAAAAAAUGUAAAUAUGCUGAAAA